CGUUUAUCGAAAGCAGCUACAACAAAAAAGCGUAACUCUCGGAUCUCGUAAAUUUAUAAGAAAUUUAAUUAUUCAACCCGCCAGUGGACGACAGCAAUCGAAUUAAAUUAGCCCGGGGUGUGCGACCAUCACUUGUGGGCCAUUUCGAAUUGAUGGAUAUCGAGAUUCCCCAAGAAUUGGCCACAAUCAGCGCGAAAAAGCUCCCACUCACCGCGCGGUGUGUGUAGUAACAUCAAAUCGUAAAUCGUGAGGCGAGUGCGUGUGGUGGUGCUACUAUUCUGCAUAUACUUUAGGGUGGUGCGGGCCGUGGUGCUGCAGUGCAUCCAUGUACGUUUCUAUGUGGCGGCAUUUUGAUGACGAAAUUAUUUUUGGAUAAGUGCGUGAGGAAAGUGGCCAAAUCGGAGGAGUCAUCACCAUCAACGCCAGCAGAAUGGAAAGCGAGCGGCUGCGAAUCACGCUGGACAUCGCGGAUCGGGUUUACUUUGCGGGCGACAUAAUUCGCGGCGAGAUCUGGAUGAACGUCAACAAGCGCACCAAAAUACGCGCCAUCAAGGUGCAGGUCACCGGCAAGGGCAAAUGCAAAUGGAUGGAGAUCCUGCGCAAGAACUCAAACAACAACGAGUACUCCCGCAGCCUGUUCUACACCAGCAAGGAGGUGUACGAGCACAGCGAGACGCCUCUGCCGGAUUUCGAGCCGCGUGGCCUGGAACUUUCGGCUGGGGAGCAUACGUUCAUCUUCGAGGUGGCGCUGGGUCGCCAGCUACCUUCGACUUUCAAGGGCAGCUAUGGCGCCAUCAAGUACAAGAUGCGCGUGCUCAUCCAGCGACCGUGGACCUUCGACGAGCGCCACACGAUUCCGUUCACCGUGGUGAAGAACAUGCCGCUCCAGCCCAUGCAACGCAGCAUACCCAGUUCGCUGGAGAAGCAGGUGACCAAGACGAUCAGUUUGUUUGGCACUAGACCGAUCACCCUGCUGGCCCUUCUCCCCGAGGAUUUUGCGGUGCGCGGAGAGCCGCUUAGGAUUUGCGCCACUGUGAUCAACAACAGCACCACCGCCGUGGAGAAGCUGCGCUUCACCGUCCUGCAGUACGUGACCUACUAUAGCCAUGUGCCACUGCGGGUGCAGAAGGUGGAGUGCAUCGCGGUGGCCACCAAGGAGACGGGCUCGGUGCAGAAGAAGACCGAGCGAAGCUUUGCGCACGAGCUGCUCCUGCCCGAUGGAGCUCAGCCUACGGAUGAACAGAUGAGCGGCGUCAUCACCAUUGUAUACGAGCUGCGUGUGGAGGCGGUGCUGCGGGGAUUCUUUAAGAACUUGAUCCUUAAUCUGCCCUUCAAGGUGUACUCGCAGGAUCCAUCGAAUAGGCAGAGUUCGCUGCGUCCGCCGCCACCGCCACGGCCAAACGAUGGACCACCUGGUCCGGAUCUGGGCUCCGGAAAUCUGUUUGAGCCCGCCCUGCCGGUCUACCCCUCACUGGACUCUUCCAUUGGCUCGCCCUCGCACUCCUCGCAGUUUAGCGAGUGCAGCUCUAUCAACUCGAUAACCUCGGAUUCCUCGGCGGCCACACUGAGUCCUGCCGUGGGCGCUGGAACCGGUGGCAUGGAUAUGUCCUACACUUCGGGCUCCCAGUCCUCGCAGUAUGGUAGUCCCUUGGCCAGGGCCAGCUUGCGCAGCUCCAACGUGCCCUACAUGCCCUACUCGUCCAGUCCGCUUAUGGUGCAGUCGUAUCCGCCACCCCACCUGCCCGCCUACCCGCUGCCGGAGUCGCCGCAGUACUCGCUCCUGGCGCUCACACCACCGCCGGCCGGAGUGGUCGCCGCUCCGCCAACAGGCGGUGGAGCAGCAGGAGGAGCUCCUGCCUAUAGCCAACUGACAUCCACCUCGGCCUCAGCAUCGUUCCUGCAGCCUCGCCAGGCGCCUGGAGCCCAUGAGCUGCCACCUUCCUACGAAGAGCUCUUCGGCUUGGCCAAUGCCCCUCCGGGAACUCCAAAGUGAGGAGAGAUAGGCAGUCCUGAGCAGC